CUCUCUUCUUCUUUUUGUUGUUGCUCUCCACCAUUUCCAUUAAGAUCAAAGAUUGUAGGUGUACACAGGGCAAACGCUGUUGUCUCAGCCUCAUUCACUUUGCUCCAGUCAACAGGAAACUCUUCUCUGCGAGUUCAAUAGACAGACCCAAAUGAUAAAAAGUUGAGUUGCAGCUUACUUGUGCUUUAGGAUGAGACUUCAUAUUGUCAAAUUCAUGUUGAAAUGCCACAGCUCUUUCCAAAGCAACUCUGUCCGUCAUAAAACAACCUCUGCCCAAUAUGUAGCAUCCAGAGCAAGAGAUGCUACAUUUGAGAAACUGAUGGACAAGUACAAAAAUCUUCUCAAAGUCAUUGCGGUACAAGACCUUAUCCUUGCAAACCCAGCUAAUAAUCCUCCAGCAGCCUCUCUUGAUUUCCUCUCCAGACUUUCCCAAAACCUUCACCUUAAUCGAGGAGCUGCCUCCUUUCUCCGUAAAUAUCCUCACAUCUUCUACAUUUUCUAUGACCCCAUUAAGUCCCAGCCGUUUUGCAGAUUGACUGAUGCUGUGAUUGACAUCUGUCACCAAGAGGCAGUGGCUAUCAAUGCUUCUUUACCAGAUGUUGUUGAUCGGUUGGUUAGGCUUUUGUCUAUGUCAACUACUAAAUCAUUGCCUCUUCGUGCAAUUUUCAAAGUUUGGAGGGAACUUGGACUGCCAGAUGAUUUUGAGGAUUCGGUGAUAUCACAAAACUCACAUUUAUUCAGACUUUAUGCUGCCCAUGAGCCAAAUACUCAUGUCUUGGAACUGGUUGACAAAAUGUGCAGCAAUAAAUUUAAGGCAGCGGUGGAAAAUUGGAGGCUUAUUGAAUGUUGCAAGGAGGAUAGCACUGUGGACAGAACUGAAAUUAGAUUUAGUUUCAGACAUAGUUAUCCUCCAGGGAUGAGAUUGAGCAAGGAUUUUAAAGCUAAAGUUAAGGAAUGGCAGAAGUUGCCCUAUGUGGGGCCUUAUGAGGAAUUGGUUGAGCAGAGGAAUUUGAAGGCAGCAAUUAUGAGGUUGGAGAAACGAGCAGUAUCCAUUGUUCAUGAGUUCUUGAGUUUGACAGUGGAGAAGAUGGUGGAAGUGGAAAAGAUCAGCCAUUUCAGGAAAUCAUUUGGGAUUGAUUUGAAUAUUAGGGACUUAUUCUUGGAUCACCCAGGGAUGUUUUAUCUGUCAACAAAGGGGAAAAGACAUACUGUUUUCCUCAGAGAAGCAUAUGAGAGAGGCUGUUUAAUUGAAACAAGCCCGGUCUAUGACAUAAGGAGAAAGCUUUUUGAUCUUGUUUUACUUGGGCGCUGUGGCACUGUUUCUAACAAACAAAAGUCAGUGGAAAUUAGUCAGGGGGAGUCUUGCUUGCAAGAAGAGAACAACCAAUGAAGCCAUGAACUCGCACCACAUCUUUUUCCUUCCUCUUCAUUGCAGUUCUACUUUAUGUUCUGGAAAAUAGUUCUCUAACAGGCUAGCAAUCCUGAUCAAUGGUUCUCCAUGCCGGCAUUGCUAGUUUGAGGAAAAUUUAGAGGAUUCUAAUUGAUUUAAGUGCGAAGUGGCAACUAAAAGUUGAUGGUAACAUGGGAAAGGCUGGAGGUUGAGAAAUGUGUCAAGGGUUCUAUCUAGAUUUCCAGGCAAAUGAAACAGACAUGUGUUGCUGUCUUGGGACAAAUUCCAAGAUUGGUUUAAGUGUCAAGAAGAAGAAUUCCAUUCACCACAAUGAAGAGUGGACAUGGGAGUUCAAUUUUACAGAGCCAAUGCAAGAACCAUUUACAUAUUAUCACAAAAUAAGGAGAAAGAUUUUUUAUGAGGAUGGUAAGAGAAGCUGUAGUUUGCCUGAAAAUUUUGAACCAAAACAAAUGUUCCUCAAUGCAAUCAUAUGUUCUCCCUAAAUGUAUGAAAGGACUUGAACAGUUUCUCCUGCUUGCAGGGAACAAUGACAUUGCAAAUUUUUUGCUGGU